GGAGAUUUUGAAGAGCCUGCUGCACCUACACGCUGUGGGCAACCUACGUACAGAAAGCGCUACGUAAUCUUUGUGUGUGAGUGAGUGAGCGCGUGAGUGAGUGGCAGUGGAGCAUCUCUUCUCUCUCAUAAGCAUCGCGGGGUUUAAUCGCUCCUUCUCCGUCGCCGCGACGUCUGCAGGAGGCGUCUGUCAAACCUGUGGAGCGCCCGUGUGUCUGUCUCGCUGUCUGCGUCCCCUCCGUCGGCAAUACGCUCGUUUCCUUUACAGAAGUUGAAGUUUGGAAACAAUAACCCAUUUUUAUUUCUCCUGCUCUUGGGGUGAAUCUUCACUGUCAUCCCGGAAGAUUCAGCACCUUCUCUCCUCAGAGGAAGUUGAAGCGAACAGCUGUGUGUGAGGAAAAAUUUGGGAGCCAACCGAGCAGCCAUGGACGCGUUAAUGAAGGGUUUCUCUAAAGCCAAGGAUGGGGUCGUGGCAGCGGCCGAGAAAACCAAGCAGGGAGUGACCGGAGCAGCUGAGAUGACGAAAGAUGGGGUUAUGUAUGUCGGUACUAAAACAAAGGACGGCGUCACUACAGUUGCAGGUAAAACUGUGUCUGGAGUUUCUCAGGUGGGUGAAGCGGUGGUAACUGGAGUUACUGCUGUGGCCCAGAAAACUGUGGAGGGCGCUGGCAGUAUUGCUGCUGCCACCGGACUGGUCAAAAAGGAUCCAGCCAAACAAAGUGACGAUGCCUCAGCAGUACAGGAUGUGGUAGAGUCACCAGUUGAUACCGACCCUGCUGAUGUCACAGAGGAGGACUCCGACGAAUAAACUGCUGGAGAGCUUCGCUAUCGAGGAUAAAUGAUCGAAACAUUCCAUGUUGCUCUGCCAAGUCCCGUCGUGCCUCGUUCUGGUCCUUCAUGGAGUCUGUGCUCAGCGUCGGUGUGCGUGCGUGUUUCUGUCUGUGCCGCUCCGUAUGUCUGUACAAUAUACGUGUAAAUGUUGUGGAGAUCGAAAGAUGUUGCGUGAACGUGUUUGUGCGCGUUGGUGUGUGCCUUUUAAACGUCAGUCUCGAAGGAGACCUCAGGUGUGUGUCCUCUGUGACCAGCUGUCAUUUACAGUGACUCCCUCCCACUGAGAAAGCCACCUGAUCACUGCGUGUCUGUGCACGCGUAUGUGUCUAUAUAUUUGUCUACUGUGUGGCUAUGUCAACAACUGAAACAUGGAAAUAUACCGCAGUCUACAAACACCUAAGUGUCUCUAUAUAAAUGAACAAUUUACAGUGAUCUGUUUGAGGUGGGAGCAUAAUAAUAUUCUCUAUUUUUGUCUGUAUACUGUCACUGUUUUUGCGGUGGACUAAAAAGUGCUGAGCUAUUUGUGCUUUCAAAUUUUUUUAAGUUGUCACUGAUAUAACUGAUAUACUAUAUCAUAUUGGAUGGACUUUUGAAAACCAAGAGCAUGUAAAGUACUCUUCGGCUAAACGGCUGUGAUAUUCAUUUACUGGGAUUUAAGUGUUGAAUAAAAUAUGUAAA